AUGGGCUUCAUUUUGCAAACGGAUCGUCUAGAAACAUUCAUCUCUAUAGCUAAGACGUUACCAUCUGCUGAAAUAUAUGAUGUUGUAGAGGGCUACAUAAAAAUUUCAGUGGAAUGUGCUGAAAUUUUCAAACUUCUGGAUGGAGAAAGAAAGCCUGAAAGUGAAAUGCUAUUAAUCUUUCAAGCUCUGGAAGCCAUCUUACUGAGGACAGCAAGUGACCUCUCCCAUUUUUCUGUUGUGGGCCUGAACAUAGUCAAGAAGUUGAUUCAUACCUACAUGAGAUUGAUCUAUGCUGCCUUGUAUUCUGAAAAUCACAGGAUGAGCCGAGUAUGCCUUACCCUGUUGUCAGCAAUGGUGGCCCAGGGACCAGAUUCAGCAAGGGAUGUGUAUAGCCAUUUUGAUUUCAAUAAUAAGUUUCUAUCUGGCUUAGUGAAAAAAAGAGAUAAGAAGGGAAGACCUGAUGUCCGUAUGGCCUACAUUCAGUUUGCGCUCUCCUUUUUAAUUGCUGGUGACGAUGCAAUCUUGAUACAAGUGCUGGAAUUAAAAGAUUUCAUUCCAGAUAUUCUUCGUUCUGGAAUAAAGGAAGACAAAAUAUCUACUGUCAAUCUUCUGCUCUCCACGUUGAAAACUAAGGUGGUUCAAAAUAAAAGCGUCACCAAGACCCAGAAGGUGCGUUUUUUUACUGCGGAGGUGUUGAAUCACAUAGCUUCACUUUACCGUUGGAAUGGGAUUACUGAUGUCAGCACUGAGGAUUUCAAGGUAACUCAAGGUUCUGAAGAGGUGGGAAAGAUCAUGGUACGAGAACUUGUUCAUAAUUUCUUAAUGGACCUCUGCUGUUCUCUGAAACAUGGCAUAAAUUUCUAUGAUCCAAGUCUUGGAACUUCUGGCAGAGGAGGAAAUGUGGUGCUUCUGCGCUUUCUGCUUGGUUUAAAAACUGCAACAGAAGAUGAAAUGGUUGCUGACCUUGUGGUGAAUAUUCUUAAAGUAUGCCCAGAUUUACUGAACAGGUACUUUAAGGACACCCAGUAUUCUUUUGUUCCUAGAUUGAAGUCAGCUUGGAUGGACAAUAUCAAGUUACUAAAAAAGAUCUAUGAGGCUCAACCAGAGAUUUCCACUUCUUUUAAGACUACAGAGUUUAUUCCUCUUCCUAGGCUGCUUUCUAUGGUGAUGGUAACAACUGUCCCUGCAGUGUGCAAUAAAAUAAUGUUCACCCAAGGACUAAAUUUACCUAGCAAAGUGGUGAAGCACAGCAUCCUGUCCCUUAUAUCGACAGUUCUGCGAAGAGCCUUGAAGAAUAUUGAGUACUGUUUGAAUGAAGACACUUGGCAAAAGUCAGAAAUCUACACGCUGUCAAUGAUGCAGGAAUUCACACAACUCUACAGAGAAGCUAUCAGCAAGCUUUUACCAGACAUGAACAAUAUAGUGGCUGUCUGGCAGUCACUUCUGAAGCAAGAGAGAGAAAAUCAUGAUGGGCAAGAGAAGAGGGAAAGCACCAUCUCCUCUGUGAAGGCACUGACUGAGAUAGCAGAAGUUGCUGAACCGCAUGGUUCAGAUGAUGCCGAAACACUCUUUUUGAAAGCUGCACUACUUCAGGUCAUAUGCCUUUAUCAGAAGGUUGUGCCCCAUUUGGUAGCGCGGAGCAAUUUUGAUUUUAGCAAGCUACUUAAAGGUAUCGUCACCGAAAAAGGCCUCCGAGAGGAGAUCCCUCCUGUUCUGCAGUACCAUAUACUAAAAGUGGCCUUGGAACUGCCUGCAAAUAAAUUUGCCUGGUUCAGAGUACAGGAUGUCUCUGAGAUGGAAAAGGUGUCUGGUGAAAAAUCGGUUUUCUACUUACUGAUGAAAAUGUUUGUUACAAGUAACCAUUCUCAUCUGAAAAUAUCAACCAAAAAACUGAUCAUCAAGGUUUUACAUGACAGCGGAGUGUUUGAGUACACAUGGAAGGAGCUUUCAAUUUGGCUGGAACACUUGGAUAAUACAAAAGAAGACAAAAAGGAAGCAGUGAUUCAAUUUUUGGAAAGGCUUGUUCAGGAGGCCAGUAUGCUCCAAGUUCAUAUGUUUAAACAAGACUCCGAUAAUGUCAGCAUCCCCAUCUCUCACAUUGAUGAUGUCCUGGAUAUGGUGGAUGUCCUAGUUGAGGGCAGCGAUGGCUUAGAUGAAGAAAUUGGAUUCACUUUAAAUGAAGACACUGUUAUCCAAACGUUUCCAUUUAGUGCUGUUGUCCCUGCUGCAUUAGAAGCCAGGAAUAAACUGUUGCUUCAGACUGAAAAUGAAACAGGAGCACACAUCGUAGAAUAUCUUGUUGCUGUUUUCACUGACCUCCUGCACUCUCAGAGAGAUCCCCUUGCUCUCUGCUUGAUGUUCCAGCUCUAUGAUAAAGAUCUCCAGUCCCUGAAAGUUUCUAAGUAUCCUCAGCUCUACCAGUUUAACCGAUACUAUAAUCUCUGGAUACCCCAGCAAACUCGGGAAUCUGUGCAGUUUAAACAAUGCAAAGAGGUAUGCAAAGAACCUGCUGUGGCCCUAGAUUCUGUGUUUACCACUUUGCUGAAGAAAGCCUAUGAGAGAGGAAGCAGUACCUUAAUGGAAGAUGACAUCCAGACAAAAUUGAGAGACUUGGCUUCCCGUCUCCCACCUGAACAGCUUUUGCUGGGAGUAAAGCAUGUGUUGCUGUGCCUAAAAUCCACAGUGGAGAACUUUGGCAGUCUUAGUAAAACUUCUGGUCCUCACCUUCUCCAUCUCUAUGUGGACCUGCUGAGCAGCUUGUUGUGCCAGGGUAAUCAAAUGGAGCUGGAUAAUCGGCAGAAGCAAGAAGAGGUUCAGACUGAAUCAGAUCUGUUUAUGGACGUGGAAGCUCUGAUUACAGUGGAGUCUUCAAAUGACAAGACAUUAGAAGAUAUGCUCAUGUUGAUUUUCAAACAUCCUACUUUGGAGAGCUGGUUCUUGGCUUUAGAACGACGUUCUCUUCCUCAGCACAACUUAAACCCCGUGACUGUGAAGCUCCUGUCAGCUCAUCUCAAUUCUGGGGUGCUGCAGCUGCUGAAAACAGGUGCCCCAGUGUUGCAGAGCAUGAAUCACAUACAUGUAUUAUCAAAGUAUUUUGAAGCUAUCACGAAAAGUAUCUUGAUAGAGCUACAGGCUGUGGGGAAAGAAGGAAAUCGGCUGCCUCCUAAGAAGUCUCACCAACUGGAGGCUCUACAGGAGUUGCAUGUGUACAUGGCUGCAGCUCAGCUAAAAGAGAUUACUUUAACUAUGCUGCAACUCCCAGAGACAAGCUUGACUACUCAGAAAUCUGAAAAAUCUCCCAAAAAAGGGAAACAGUUGAGCUUCUACGGACAGAUUUUGGUGCAGCUCCUCACAGGGAGCUACCAGAGGCAGCCCCAAAGAGGAGAACUACUGCUAUCCACAGAGCACAUUAAAGCUUUGGGAAUGUUGAUGUCAGUAUCAGCCAGCAAAGACUUGGAGAAAGUUUUCCUGCAGGCUCUCCAAAGAGAGCCGGUAUUCACACAUGCAGUCGAUGUGGAGGUGCACGUUCACUGCCUUACCCAGGGAUCAGAAACCUCCCUUGCCAUUGUGGCUGUGCUGAUAAAACACUGUAGGACUCACCUGCUACAGUUUGAGCUGUGGUGUCUAAGCUGUGCCACUGAAAAGUAUCUCAGGAAAAACAUGGAGAGCUUUCUUCCACUCGUGAAUGUGUAUUUGCAAUACAGAGAGCAAUAUGAUUUCACCCGACCUUCCGCAGUUGUCUCAGGUGUUAUACCUGUCUUGAGAAAAGCUCUGUGGAAGGAGCUUUCCACCAUAGUGGCAGCCGCAGAAGCGUCACAUGAGAUCACGGUGAAGCUGCAAGUUCUUUCAAAGUUGUUGCCAUCUUCAGAAAGCAAAUGGCUGCAAAAUCUUAUUGACCAGCUCCCCGCUGCUCUUGAGAAGGCAGAAAAUCAUGAGAGUUGGACUGUGGCAGAUGCCAUAUCUGGAGUGCUGGAAAACUCUGAAGAGCUGCAUUCUUGGAGGAAACGCCUGUUGUCAGCCUGCAUGAAGGGAUUAAUUGUCAUGUACAGCGGGAGUAAAGAAGAGAGCAAGCAAGAGGCAGAGAGGUCUAUGCUGUUGAAGCUGGAAGAAUUGUUGCACUUUGUUGAAGAAGUGGACCCAGAUGACUGGUACAGCCUUGUAAAGACAGGACUCAAGUACCGUUACAGAGAUGAAGCAUUUUUGAAAGCCCUGUGUAUUGCUAUUCAGUUAUUAUACAAGAAAAAAUCCACACUUAGUCAGAGAUUAGUCAAGCUCUCCAAACUUCACAUGAUGGUCACGCAACACUCUCUAUUUUUGUCAACCAUGCUGAAGUCAAGAGAAGACAACGACACGAACAUCCAGACGAGAGAAGCCUUGGUGGAUAUACUGCUGACAGUUGUGAAACUCAGCCCCUCUGUUUGUGAGAGCAGUCACCUUGCUGUGUUGCUGGGUGCCUAUGGGGCUACGCUGAGUGUUGUAGAUCAGAAGAUAUUGUUGCUGCUUCAGUUAUAUGAGAAGAAUAAUCAAAGUCUUAUAAAUUCCAGGAUCCUGCUGUGGGGUCCAGCAGCGGUGGAGCAUCACAAGACUUGCAAAAGUUUGGGGAAGUCACUAUGGCAGCAGCCAACCAUGGAGGAGAUUCUGUGUCUGCUAGAUCGAGAAAAGAUGAUGAAGACAGUUCUAUCUUUCCCUCAGCAUCGCCAUCUUCUGCCAUCGAAGGAGGAGCAAGAGUCAUUGUAUAGAGAUGAAAGUGUCAAGAGUCUCGAUGACUUCUAUGAUCCCUGUUUUCUGCUUCAGCUCUUCAGUGAAUUGACAAGACCAGAGUGUGUAGUGGCAUGUCACAAGUUUGUAGAAGUCAAUGCCCUGGGUCUAACAGUAGCUGCACUUAGCAGCUACGAUUCUAACAUGAGAGCAGCAGCAUAUUUUGUACUGGGUUCCUUUCGCUCUCAUCUAGAAGGAGCUCGCUUUCGAGAGCAGAAACAGUUGCUGUAUCUCAUGGAUGCUGUGCAAAAUGGGAUCAGGCGGCAGAACCUCAGAUUUACCUUCUCCUUAACCCUCUACAUUGCUCGUGUGGCACAGCAGAUGCUGAAGCCAGAGGAGCACAUGUACACAAAGAUAAACAGAUUCCUUCUAUCACACCAGUUUUUGGACCUGAGGAAAGUACCAGGGUUUUUCCAGCUUUUCUACAGCUUUGAUUUGGAGCACAAAACAGAACGUGAAUGGGUUCUUAGGCUCCUUGGAGAAGGGCUGCGUGACAAAUACUGCUAUCAACUUUAUGACUACCAAAGGAUUUUCCAUGUCAUUCUUUCCUUUUUCAACAGUCCCCUGUGUGAUGAGGGCUCUCAGAAUCACAUUCUGGAGAUAUUACAAAAUGCUGCCCGUGUCACCAAAGCUGCCUAUGAACUGAUACAAGACCACAGUCUCUUAACCUGGAUACUGCAUAUCUUAGAGAAAAGGUUUUUGGAAAAUAGGAUGUUACAUAAAAUCAUUUCCUUAGUCCAUGCUCUGUGGGUUACAAAUUUAGGAGGCAAGAGAGAAAGCAGGAAAGAUCUCCAGGAGAACAGGAAGUUUCUUCCUAUUCAGCUUAUAAAUGAAUUUCUGUAUGUUUUGAUCGCAUUAGUCAAACACAUUCGGACUACUUUAGAUCUGGCCAAACUGACUCAGUUUUUCAGUACACUGGAUUCUGUGCUGGGAUAUCGUGCUAUAGUUGUUGAGGCCUUCAAAGAAAUGAGCCGGUUCACUGUGAAUGACAGUGUUCUCUCAAACAAAGAGAUCCUGCUGCUGUUGCAUAAGUGGAGCAUCGUUGAAAGAGACCUGCAGGUUCAAGAUAAUGUGCAGAGUCUUGCUCAAAAAUACCAAAUCAAAGAAUUACUUAAAAAUAUAAAAGAAAAGAACAAGUCUCAAGCCUCAUUUCAUGCAUAUCAUCACAUUCGGAAAAAAAAUGAGCUAGAGAGAGAAGAUGACACUGACGCAAACCUGAAAGCAUCUGAGCUGGAGAAGUGCAGAGAGCAUCUGAAUUCCAUAUUUGCAUAUUGGGAGCCUAUUUUCCCAGCCCUGCCUACCAAACGUCCAGAGGAGCCCCUCAGAUCUAUGGACCUUGAAGAUGAAACAGUCAGUCUUACCUGUGCGUGCACUUGCAUAGUAACUAAAUGGCUCAUAAAGUCCAUGGCUGAGCAUAGCCUCAAUAUGCAAAAUGUUUUAUUAACUCUGCGGUGGCUACAGAAAUGCAUUUUACCACACCCUGAGGCAGUGCAGCAGAUUCUUGGGGAGGCUACAUUAAGAAACAACAUCUUCAAGUUUUACACCCGUAUCUGUGAGGCCAACAAUGGGACAGCUGGUCACUUGAGCGAGCUCUGUUUGUUUAGUUCAAUCAUGCUUCACCUGAUGGAUGCUCAGGGCCUGACUAACAACAGCUUUCAUGAACUUGUGAAAACAUUGUGCCUGUCAGCAAUGACAGAAGAGGAUGAGAACAAGAAAGCUGUUUGUGUGUUCCUGACUUCUGUUUACAUUGGAGACAUAUGGCUUGGAGCACAGGAGCCAGAUAUGUUAAUAACCCAUGUCAAAUUGAUCUACAGCAGCACAGAUGAUAAAUUAAAUGAUGGUGACAUGGAAACCCGUAAACAGGGAGAAGAAACUAUUAUGUCUCUUUGUAAAACCCUUUACUUAGCUGCAUUGGGGAAUUAAGUCACUGGGCUGACACUUGAUCUUUAAUGUUAUAUGGUAUGCCAUCAUUGCUGCGAGUCAUGAAAUCCUCUUGAACUGUGCUCCAGACGAACCUAACUUGUUUUGUCAUAAAGAUCAAUAUUUUAUUACUAUGUGCAAACUCAGAUGGAGAGACUUGUAUUCAUCAUCUCUCAGUGGAAUAUUAAAGCCAUAAUUUCCCUUUUCUUGAAAUGAGCAUUAUGGGACACUGAAUAUUAGUUAUAUCAUUUUUAUUACAGAUAUUUUUAUUUCAUGAAGAACCAAAAAAGACUGAUCAGUGUAUUGCCUCUGGACUCUAUUUCAGUCCCCAUGUAGUUAAAAUCCAUCAUCUCCCCAACUUAAGAUUGAGGAGAAAAAAAAAACUGCAGUACUUCACCACAACUUGGUAUGAAGUGCAAAGAACAAGUAUUCAGGGGUUUAGCCAUGAUGAUGUACUAUUUCUUGAAGAACUCUGUUUCUUUCAUGGUACGUGAUAGCAAAACCAGUAUGAAUAGAAGACUGUGAACAUUGGAAUUAGGAUGGUCUGUGGUUCUUGUUUUUAAAUUAAAUUGCUUUUGAAAGCAUCUAUAUCAGAGAUGUUUUGGUUUUAUUCUGUCUUUUCUGGUUUUGAAUUAAAAAAAAAACAACUGAACAUCAUCAGUGCUGAAACAUACUUGCAGCAAAAAUCUCUUCACUCUGAAAGGAUAGGAGAUGGAAUAAAAUGCAAAUGACUUGCUGCUGAUUGAUUAUACAUAUUUUUUGUUGGAAAUUCUCUGUGAACUCUGAUAAAUAUUUCUUGAACACUGCCUUGAGGGCAGUUUAACAUACCAUUCCAAAGAUGCAAACAUGCAGAGCCUGAACUUGAACUUUUGAAAUGUAAAAUAGGAUUUAUUAAACUGAUUCAUGAAUAUGUGUUGUGUCUAGGUACUUUGUACAAAUUCUAUACUGGAGAAAAAAUCAGAAAUGCAGACUCCUUGUGAUACUUAUAUAAUGUGUAUGUUUUUUAAUAAAAGAACGUGAGAUGCAAUUAAUAAGACAUGCUUCUACAUGUAAAUAUUCUUGUCUUCAAGAACGCCUUAAUAUCUAUCUGAAGAGAUUAUUUAAAAAUCAAAAAAAAAUUUAUUGAACAAGCUUCAAGGCCAUUAGAGGCUGAAUUGUUGUAUAAUAUUGAUAUAAAAUCCCUAGAGCGUGACAUAUCAAGAAAUUUUCUUUCCAGUGAAAAAAAUGGAAUUUACUUCCUUUAAAAAAAAAAAAAAAAAAAAAAACAAGAAAAGCAAAAUUAA